AGUUCGACACUGAAUGUGACAACAAAUCAAUUGAAACAAUGAUUGAAAUAUUAAAUGUUUUUUAGAAAUUGAAAUAUUGUUUCAAAUUGUUUGAUAUUUUCAUAAAAUACUAAUUUAAUUGAAUGAGUGUUUUGUUAAUAUCUGUCACGUAAUGCAUGGAUUGGGUGUCAAAACGGUUAUAAUAAGACAUUGCGGUCGCAAUUCAUCGACUUUAUUGAAGAGGUCGUCAACUUUAACCACAAAAUUCUCAAUUUCUGAAUCUUCAGUGAAAAGAGAUUUGAAAAAUAUAAACACAUCUGCCGUAAAGCCAUUGCAUUUAUUAUCUCCUACUUUAAAGAUCACCCGACCAUUGGUUAUAAGCGAAGUGCGGACAUAUGCUUCGGACAAUUUGCCGAAACACAGUAGAGUAGUAUUGCCGGCACUUUCGCCGACUAUGGAAUUGGGAACUAUUAUCUCGUGGGAGAAAAAAGAAGGCGAUCCUCUUCACGAAGGAGAUCUGUUGGCUGAGAUUGAAACAGAUAAGGCAACGAUGGGAUUUGAAACACCAGAAGAAGGAUAUUUGGCCAGAAUUUUAGUGUCAGCGGGAAGUAAGGAUGUGCCCAUUGGAAAGUUAUUGUGUAUAAUAGUUGAUAAUGAAUCGGAUAUACAAGCAUUUAAGGACUUUGUGGAUACAAGCAAUUCGGUGAAAACUAAACCUAAAACAGAAACAAAGGCAAGUGCACCACCACCUGUACCAUCAAAAUCUAUGCCGACAUCAUUACCACAACCAUUGACAACAACUACAACUAAAUUAUCUGGAGUGGGAAUCGCCAGCAGACUAUUUGCCAGCCCUUUAGCUAAAAGAUUAGCUGCUGAGAAAGGAUUAGAUUUGAGUUCAUUGGCCGGAACAGGUACGGGUCCCGGUGGUAGAAUUCGAGGACAAGAUGUAUUAAGUGCUCCGUCUGCAGUUGCUGGCGGUCCCCGAGCUCUGGAGUUUACAGAUAUUCAAUUAACAAAUAUGAGACAAAUAAUUGCUAAACGUUUAACACAAUCCAAACAAACAGUACCUCACUAUUAUUUAACAGUUGAUUUAGAAAUAGACGAACUUUUAAGACUUCGGAUACAACUAAAUGAAAUGUUGAGUAAGGAAAAAGUGAAACUUUCUCUCAACGACUUCAUUAUAAAAGCCGCAUCACUGGCCUGUCUUCAAAUACCUGAAGCCAACAGUGCAUGGAUGGAGACAUUCAUCAGACAAUACACAUCAGUUGAUGUAUGUGUCGCUGUCAGUACAGAUGCAGGCCUUAUAACACCAAUAGUUUUUAACGCCGAUAAAAAAGGAAUCAAACAAAUAUCACAAGACGUAAAACAAUUGGCACUUAAAGCCAGAGAUGGUAAAUUACAGCCCAAUGAGUUUAUUGGGGGAACUUUUACGAUAUCUAAUUUGGGAAUGUAUGGCAUUACUAAUUUCUCUGCUGUUAUUAAUCCUCCGCAAUCCUGUAUUCUGGCCGUCGGUGGCACCAAACGUGGUAUAGUUCCCGACGCUAAUGGAAAUAACAGAACCGUAUCUUUCUUGUCAGUUACUCUUAGUUGUGAUCAUCGUGUAGUUGACGGUGCGGUUGGCGCUCAAUGGCUCCAAUCGUUCCGUCAAUAUAUAGAGAAACCUUUUUCAAUGGUUUUAUAG